AUGAAGGCAGUCUUUUUCCAUGUGUUUAUUGUGCGUGUACUUGCCUCUGAAGUGUGUUGCUAUGUAAUAUUGAAUCUUUGUCCAUUGAUUGUCUCCCAGCAGGCAGAAGAGCAGAGUUUAUUUUCCAACUCUGAACCAGAAGAGGAGCUGAAUGAGUCCCGGAGAAAGGGCCCCUUCAAGCCGCUUCUUGGCUCUUGUAAAAUCUUUUUGGCACCAGGAGAGAAACAGCAUCAAACUGCAGAGCUGCAGGGGCGCCUCAUCAUUCAGAGCAAAGCUGCAGAGCAUUUUACAAACGGGAAGAAAGCAAUGGAGAAGUCCCAGUACGAGAAGGCUGUGAUCUGCUUCUCCAAAGCCAUCACACUGAAGCCAGAACAGACUGAGACACAUGUCAGACAGGCUGAGGUCUACCUGCAGCUUUGUGACUUCCAGUCAGCAGCAACUUGUUACAAACGGGCGUGGCUCCUGGAGCCCGGAGCCUUCAGCGCCCGCUUGGCCUUCAUCUAUUACCUCCAGGGCCAGUGUUUGUUUGAGCGAGGUCUUUUCUUCGAGGCUCUGGAGGCCUUCAGAAAAGCUGCUGAGGUGAAGCCCGGCUGCAGGGCCUACGAGUCCAGAAGCCUGGCCUGCCUGUCAGCUGCAGGUCAUCACACAGACUGUCUGAAGCUGGUGAACGACUGGAUGGUGUCACGCGGUCCCACCUCAGACCUUUACAUCCUCAGAGCUCGACUUCACAAACUGCUCAACCAGACGUCACAGUGUUACCAGGAUGUUAAGUCAGCAUUGGUGUUGGAGCCGACUUGUCCGCAGGCCGCAGCUCUGCUGGAUCAGCUGCAGGAAGUCAGUGAACAGGCCAGACAGAAAGCUGUGGACAGAUCUGUGACGGGCCAGCUGCCUGAAGCACUCUGCAUGAUCAACAUCGCUCUGGAGAACAGCCCAGAAGAUGCAAAACUCUACCUGUUCAGAGGGGUUCUUUACCGAUGUCUGAAGGACUUCACAGCAGCCAUUGAGGAUCUGGUCCAGGCUGCGGAGCUGAGGGAUGAGGAGCGGGAUGAUGAAGGUGGCUCUCUGCAGCAGGAGGUGAACUUUCAGCUGGUUCUCACCUACAAUGAUUUCUCAGUGGGGUGCUUCAGCAGAGGUCUUUACGCUGAGGCAACACUGCUUCUCAACAAGGCCAUUGAGGAGGAGAAGGAGCAGGCCGCUCUGUACCUGAACCGAGGAGACUGCUUCUUCAAACAGGGCGAGUGGAUCUUUGCUUUGGCUGACUACCAGCAGGCUGAGGAGAUGAGUCAGCCCGAUGAGCCGUCUGUCCGGCUGCGCCUCGCUGUCGUUUACAACACGCUGGGCUCUCACUGCGUCCAGGACGGGUGUUUCCAGGAGGCAGCUGAAAUGUUUUCUUUGGCCGUGAAGUAUAACCCCGCGGCCGCUCGCUACUACGAGAACCGAUCGAAGGCGUUUCGAAAGCUUCUUCACUUGGAUGGAGCCAGGGCGGACCUCAUCUGCCUGCUGAUCCUGGAUCCUACCAAUGAGGAGCUGCCUCCGAUGAUGAUGAGUCUGUUCCCCGGCUGCAGUGAGUCGGAUGUUUUGUCGAGUGCAGCAGCACAAGCAGUCAAAGUUCAGCUGAUGGAAAAUAUGAUGGCCUGCAGUUUCUCUUCUGACCAGCAGAGACUGAGUGAUAAGCUCCAGAAGAUAACUCUGUUCGACGAGAGCUCAGAGAGCCAAUCAGAGAGCCAAUCAGAGGAGCCGUCAGGAGGGGAGCAGAAGUUGUGUGUUAACAAACAGGAGGUGAAGAUUUAUGUGAAGAGUCUUCUGCAGGAACACAAAUAA